AUGGUGUUUACCUGGCGAGGAGGCACGGGGACCCGGCGCCUGCUCCUGUCGCUUCUGCUCUUCUCGCUCUGGGAGGCUGGGAUCACCCAGGUCCGCUACUCGGUCCCCGAGGAGGCCAAGCACGGCGCCUUCGUGGGCCGCAUCGCGCAGGACCUGGGGCUGGAGCUGGCGGAGCUGGUGCCGCGCCUGUUCCGCGUGGCGCCCAAGGGCCGCGGGGACCUUCUGGAGGUGAAUCUGCAGAAUGGCAUUUUGUUCGUGAAUUCUCGGAUCGACCGCGAGGAGCUGUGCGGGCGCCGCGCGGAGUGCAGCAUCCACCUGGAGGUGAUCGUGGAGAGGCCGCUGCGGGUUUUCCACGUGGAGGUGGAGGUGAGGGACAUUAACGACAACCCGCCGGAGUUCAGCGGAGAACAGAAGGUACUUAUUUCUGAAUCUGCGCCUCUGGACUCGCAUUUUCCUCUAGAGGGCGCGUCUGAUGCGGAUAUCGGGGUAAACUCUCUUCUGACUUACAGGUUAAGUCUAAAUGAGUAUUUUACUCUCAAAAUAAUGACGAAAAACGAUAAAAGUAUAUUGCCUGAACUGGUUCUUCAGAAGUCCUUGGAUAGAGAGGAAACGCCAGAACUUCAUAUAUUGCUGACCGCCUUGGAUGGCGGUAAACCCGAGCUAACAGGCUCUGUUCCUAUUCAGAUAACCAUCCUGGAUGUGAAUGACAAUGCUCCGGAGUUUGAUAAGCCUGGCUAUAAAGUGGUGCUGUUUGAAAAUGUCCCAAAUGACACGAGAGUGAUUCAGCUAAACGCUUCUGAUCGAGACGAAGGACUGAACAGAGAAAUUUCCUAUGGAAUCAGAAUGAUUUUGCCAGCGAGUGAGAAAUGCAUGUUUUCAAUAAAUCCAGAAACAGGAGAAAUCAGAACUUUUGGGAAACUGGAUUUUGAAGAGAAUAAUGAAUAUGAAAUUUAUGUUAACGCCAUUGAUAAAGGGAUUCCUUCCAUGGCAGGUCACUGCACAGUCCUGGUGGAAGUUUUAGACCGCAAUGACAAUACACCCAAGGUAUCGGUCACUUCGCUCUCACUCCCGGUUCGAGAGGAUGCUCAAGUGGGCACAGUCCUUGCCUUGAUCAGCGUGUCUGACCAUGACUCUGGCGCCAAUGGGCAGGUGACCUGCACCCUGUCGCCACAUGGUCCCUUCAAGCUGGUCUCUACCUUCAAGAAUUACUAUUCGCUGGUGCUGGACGGCGCCCUGGACCGCGAGAGCGUGGCGAACUAUGCUGUGGUGGUGACCGCGCGGGACGGGGGCUCGCCUUCGCUGUCGGCCACAGCCAGCGUGUCCGUGGAGGUGGCCGACGUGAACGACAACGCGCCGGAGUUCGCGCAGCGCGAGUACACGGUGUUCGUGAAGGAGAACAACCCGCCCGGCUGCCACAUCUUCACGGUGUCGGCGCGCGACCGGGACGCGCAGGAGAACGCGCUGGUGUCCUACUCGCUGGUGGAGCGGCGGGCGGGCGAGCGCGCGCUGUCGAGCUACGUGUCCGUGCACGCGGAGAGCGGCCGCGUGUACGCGCUGCAGCCCCUGGACCGCGAGGAGCUGGAGCUGCUGCAGUUCCAGGUGAGCGCGCGCGACGCGGGCGCGCCGCCUCUGGGCAGCACCGUGACGCUGCAGGUGUUCGUGCUGGACGAGAACGACCACGCGCCCGCGCUGCUGCCGCCCGGGGCCGUGCUGCUGUCGCUGGUGGACGGCGGCCAGGCGCCCAAGGCCUCUGUGUCGGCGUCUGCGGGCGCCGCGGGCUCGGAGGCGGCGCUGGUGGACGUGAACGUGUACCUGAUCGUCGCCAUCUGCGCGGUGUCCAGCCUGCUGGUGCUCACGCUGCUGCUGUACACGGCCGUGCGGUGCUCGGCGGCGCCGAGCGGGGGCGCGUGCGGGCCGGGGCAGCCCAGGCUGGUGUGCCCGGGCGCGGGGGGCAGCUGGUCGGCCUCGCAGCAGAGGCGGCCGCGGGUGUGCUCUGGGGAGGGCGCGCCCAAGACGGACCUCAUGGCCUUCAGCCCCAGCCUUCCACAGUCAGUAGAAGAUGGUUUAAAUUCUUCCAGUGAAGUAAGUCAUUGAUAUAUAUUUGCUCCUUUUAAGAACUUUUUGUUAAGGUAUAAAUAGAUCCUAUUUUCCUCCCCCACCCAUGUUACCCUUUAAAUGGUCGAUAUCU